UAGCCGAUUGUUUACUAGCCGAUUGUUUACUAACAGUUUAUGAAACUGAAGUUAAAAGUGAUAAAUGAGAAGUGAGAGGAUUCCCAAAUCAACUAUAAUCUAUCCCGCCGUUCGCUUCUGCCCAGCUCCCCCUGGCUGACUUGCGCAAGCGCAUACGAUCAACUGCAGCUCGAUCAGUUUCAGUUGCACCGGAGAUGGAGCGAGCGUGCCUGCUUGUUUGUGUGCUGGUGUGUGCAGUGGCCGGUGUUGUGGGCCAAGUAGCCACGAUGUGUCGACCCAACGAGCGAUUCCUCUCCUGCGGCGGCUGCCAGAAGACGUGCGCGGACCCGGCGCCGGCGUGCGCGGCGGUUUGCCGAACCGGCUGUUAUUGUGCGGAUGAUCACGUCCGGAAUAGUACCGGACACUGCGUGAAGCUGUCUGAGUGUCCGGCAGCAUCUGCAGCCCUCAAACAGGACACAACAGAACCCCGUCAAGACUGCCCUAUAAACGAAGAGUACCGCUUCUGUGAGCCCUGCAACAAGACGUGUGACAACCCUAACCCCAUGUGCCCCGCGCAGUGCUCUAGAGGAUGCUUCUGUAAGGGAGACCUAGUGAGGGACAGAGACGGCAGCUGUGUGGCGUAUGAGAAGUGUGCCAAGUUUGCCAAGAAUGAGACGUCAAACUACAUCAAGCCCUACAACCUGACCUGCGCUCCUGGCCAGGUCUACAAAGACUGCGAGCCCUGCGAGAAGACCUGCUUUAAUCCCAACCCCAUCUGCCCCGCCCAGUGUAACCGGGGAUGCUUCUGUGAGGACGGACUGGUGAAGAGCCCCAACGGACAGUGUGUGAAGAGGGAAGACUGCCCGAAAGCCGAGGUGACGUUCGGAAACGACCCCUCCAUCGAGGACUGCGCUCCGGACGAGGAGUUCCUGUCUUGCGGCUGGUGCGAGCCGAGCUGCUGGGCGCCCUCUCCCAUUUGUCCAGGCGUGUGCACCCGCGGAUGCUUGUGCCGGCCUCCCCUAGUGAGACAUUACAGCGGACACUGCGUGCAACAGAGGGAUUGCGAGCCACAGACGUGCACAAGCCCCAAUGAAGAAUACGUCUGCCGCUACGGAUGUGAGAUCCUCUGCGGAGGCUCUAACACCUGUCCGGACCGUCCACGGCGGUGCCAGCUCGGCUGCCAUUGCAGGAUUGGUUUCCUGAGAGACCUCACUACUGGCCAGUGCCUCACCCCUGAACAGUGCAAAAACAUAACGAUGACUUCAGUCCCGGGUUCGAAGCCGGACCUGCCACCGAUAUUCAGAGUGCGCGUAGCACCCAAUCCACCGAACCUACUCGACAAAGUCAACUCUGCUUCUCCUGAGAAUUAGCCAGCAAUUAUCUGAAAUCACAUAUCAUUUGUUGCAACGUCUGUAGAAGCCCCAACGGCUUGGCUUCGGCUAAGGCGACAACCAUAGGUGGGAACGAAAGGUCCGAUCACUGUGUCUUGCUCCAACCUAUGGUUGUCGCCAUAGCCGAAGCCAGUUGCGCAAUGUCGUGGCCAUCAGCGCGUAAUGCAGCAUGACUCAGGGCUAUAACCGCGAAAAUCGAAGUUCGUCAAUUGCGGGCAUUUUUCUCUGUCACUCUAAUUACGUCUUAGUGAGAGUAAAAGAGAAAGAUCGGUUUUCGCGGUAGGCCCCCAGGCUCCUUUCUCAAAGUAGGUAGGUAGGUAAUAGGGUUGCUGGUUGGGAUAUAUUUGUAAUUAUUGGUGUUUAUAUUUAAAUUGUAUGUUUUUUAAGUUACUUUGUUCGACAUGUGAUGUAAAUUGUUAAAUGUUUUUGUAAUUAGUGGAAAAGGAACUGAGGGCUUACCGCGAACCACGUUCGACGUGUUGCCUCCCUGUCACACUUACGUACGAAUUUACAAGUGCGACAGAGAGGUAACACUUCGAACGUAGGCCCUCUGUAGCCUCCUAACGCCCAAGAGCCUACCUUUACAUUUUUCAUUCGUAAGGCUGGGCCUUAGUAGGCUAAUAGGAUUAGGGAAAAACUCAACGCCUAGAGAACUCGAAAAAUAAUUUCCAUGAGAUUAGGACAAUUUGAUUUAAGUAAUUGAUCUCAUCUCGGUAUCAGUCUAAUCUGUAAUGAAGCAAAAAAAUAAUAUUGUGCUCGAGUGGGGGACCCGCGCGAAAUCACCUUUUCAUACAAAUAUAGUCCUCAUUUUCCUCUCUGGAUUACUUUAUUUGGACAUUAUUGAGAAUAUUUUGACACAAUUUGGUAUAUAUCGACCACAUAUAUGCCCCUACGUUAAAUUUUUUCUAAUACUUCAUUAUUAUAAGAGUUAAGAGCAUUUAAAAAUUUGUAUGGAAACUGUUUUUCGCUCCUAAGUUUUAGGGUUCCGUACCCAAAGGGUCAAAUGGGACCCUAUUACUGAGACUCCGCUGUCCGUCCGUCCGUCCGUCCAUCCGUCCGUCCGUCCGUCCGUCUGUCACCAGGCUGUAUCUCAUGAACCGUGAUAGUUAGCCAGUUGAAAUUUCUACAGAUUAUGUAUUUCUGUUGCGGCUAUAACAACAAAUACUAAAAACAGAAUAAAAUAAAUAUUUCUUUCCAAUCUCGAGGUUCUCAUCCAAUCACCGAAGUUAAGCAACGUCGGGCGGAGUCAGUACUUGGAUGGGUGACCGUUUUUAUAGAAAAUGGUACGGAACCCUUCCUGUGCGAGGCCGACUCGCACUUGUCCGGUUUUUUUUACAAUAAUCUAAAUAUAAUAUAAAGAUCGAAAAAUUUCCAACGUAGGGGCAUAUUAACUAUUGUAUUAAAUUAUGUACAAAAAUAUUUUCCAUAAUAUCGUCAAUAUCCAGAGAGUAAAAUGGAGACUACGUUUGUAUGAAGAAGCGGCCGUCGCUUUCCUCUUCGAAAUAUUAAUAAAAUCCUGUUCGAGAAACCUCGAGAAAUAUUUACUCGUAAAAGUCGAGAAACCAUGAAACCAUAGUAGCCCAAGCAGCACAUUAGUGAAUUUUGCAGCUUAUCUUAUAGCUUUAUGUUCUAAAUGAGUGGUUUAACAGUGUUUGAUAAAACUUAUACCUUUAAACACAACUCAAAAUUGUAUAUGAGUUCAUCCUGUCACUUGUAGUUGCUUAGGAACGCUUAUUGUUUCUACUUUAUUACUUAUGGUUGGGUAAAGUCGAUUUUGCUACUUAAAGUUGCAUGCAGGUUUUAAUUGUCACUGAAUAAGAUGCAAUAGUGCUAUAUAAGGCCCUAAAGUCACUUAUAAGCAACUUCUACAUAUAAGUGGGAACAUACCCUUAUUUGGAACUUUUAAUUCCAAAUGACUAGUAUAAUAGAGUAGUAUAUCACCAAUAGUGGCUAAAGAGAUAAUUUUACGGCCCUUUUGGAACCUAAAGUGAUUGCAACUUUAAGGGCUAGAAAUACUCUUAUUGCCACUCCAACGCAUAAUUAAGUCUCAAUAGGAGGUUCUUGAAAACCAAAAGCAGUUAUUUUCACUUAUUUCAAACCACUAACGAUCUAACAGUUCCAAAAUUAGGUCAUAUACAUAAUAUCCUAUCAAAAACAUUUUCAUGAAAAUGUUGCCAAGACGAAACCAUAAGGCUCGCACUGUCAAAAUGUUAUCAGAUUUCUCGUAGAGACAAGCUUCUAACUCUACAAGCCCUAACUUCAGAAACUCUACAACAAGAGUCAAAAUAUGUGGCAUGGCCGUUUCGGUACUGUCACAUGGGCGUAAGAUGCAAAAUUUAUUCACUAAGUAUACUUGUAGUAACGAAACGGCCAAGCCACAUAUUUUGACUUAGGUGUAGAGUUUGUGAAGUAAGCGCUUGUAGAGUUAGAAGCUUGGCUAUACAAGAAAUCUGAUAACUUUUUGACAGUGCCCUUAUGGUUUCGUCUAGGCAACAUUUUCCAUGAAAAUGUUUUUGAUAGGAUUUCACUUCUUUUUGUAAGUGUCUUCUUUGUGUAUUGUCAUAAGCAUGGCAAUCUUCCAUCCCCUAAUAUAAAUGGUAAAGUAAGUAGAGUAAAUACACUUUAUUGGACCACAGAAGAAAAAUUCAGUAACAGAUUUACAAUGUAAAUAAAGGUAGCAACAGGCGUUCUUAUCGCUGUGAGCGAUCUCUUCCAGACAACCUUAGGGUAGCAGGAUAUAAAGAACAAAAAGCUUUAGUGACAGGUAGUGCAGGAAUACAUUACAGGAAUAAGAAGAUUACACAUUACAAUGAAAUACAUACCAAUGGGUACAACCAAAUAGUUAAAUAUUUAUCAGAUACAUAUAUAAUGGUUGGGGGAAAUUUACUAUUAAAAAUCCCGAAAUACGUAUCUGGGGGCAUCUUUUAUACAAUCUUCUUUUUUUACUGAUCCCCCCUACAAACUUUCCUCUAUUCCCCCUAAUGCCCUUUUCCUUCCCUUUUCACCUUUACGGGUGAUUUUGGGGUUGAUAACUAUUCUGUAUCCUUCCCUAUAGGAAAAACUAUCUACACACUAAAUUUCAUCUAAAUCGGUUCAGCGGUUAUUGAUUCCCCAUACAAAAUUCCACCCCCCUUUUCACCCCCUUAAGGGCUAUAUCUUUCCAAUUUUUUUUAUUUCGUUUGUUGUUUGUAUACUAAUACUAUGCUACAUACCAAAUGUUUGCUUCUUAGGACUUCAGGAAGUACCCCAAGGGUUUUGGUGAACAUCAGUGAGUGAGUGAAGUGAGUCAGUGACGAAAACGGGGUUUUUCCGAUACGAACAAAAUCUUAAGUAUGAGAGCUAUGCAUCUGAAUUUUUUUAUGCUUAUUAAGUCCACUAUUGACAUUAUAUCCCGAGAAUUUUGUUUAUCUGGUAUAAUCCAAACCCAAGUUAUGAGGGUUCAAAAAAACGACGAAGCGCUUUUAGAAAAGGUAGGCCAUGCGCUUCGCUUUGCUCGUCUUGGCGGGGGCACUACCCUGCCCCCAGAUUUAUUUUUCCUAUUGCGGCGCCUCCUCUGUCAAUAGCAUUCACUGCUUUGCCACUCGCAAGAGACAAAUAAGUGAUUUUCAGACCUGAUAGUUCUAAAUAGAGAACAAAUAAGUGAAAAUAAACACUGUAAAAUAUUUUUUAUUCCGCCAUGUUUACAAAUGGAGUCCUUGAAAAUGAAUUAUUUUAAACAGAAUUUUAUCACACUGACGCAUAAUCACAGACCUUUGAUAGUUGUGACGAUGUUACUUUAACAUUGUACGUAACCUACAAUCAUUAGGUCAGGUUUUUAACAGUUUUAUUUCUUAUCAGUAUCAAUUCCUCAUUUGAUUUAGCACUCUCCUUUUAAAUAUUCCUGGAUCAAAUCAAAGGCGCAUCGAAAUUUACAAAGAAACCAUACUAUAGUUUCACAGUAAAAAAUCAUUCCCAAGGAUUUUGUGCUUAUUUCAAUUCCUGUAUAACGUGAAGUUUUCAUCACUUUACCAAACAGAUAUGUACAUCCAAAAUUAAAAUGGCAGAUCACAUUCACUUUUAAAAAACACAACUUAUUGUCUUAAUUGUUGCCACGCCACUCAAAGGAAAUUGGGCGUCUCAUUUAUCACUCCUUGACCGAACUGAAAUUGUAAUACAUUCAUUCGUUCAAUAUAAAUCGUUCACUACGCAUAACUGUCACCCAUAGUUCUAAUUGCCACUUAAGGUAAUCGAGAGAUCUCCUAUGGAUUCAAUUUAGAACCAAAAAUAGGCUGCAAUUUUUCUCCUUUUUGGUCUAUAUUGGGUCUAUAUGGGUUCUUUCCACCUAUAUAGAACUUAGUCAUGGCUAUAUAUUUCACUUAAGUAUCUAAAUAGAUAUGAUAUACGAGCUAUUUCCCACCCCGUGUGCUACUUGGGAGGUAUAAGUAGUAUAUACUUACUGUUGUGGUGUCGACAUUUUCCAAAAUUAUGAAAUUUCGUGGAACAAUUCCUUCUUCUUGGAAACUUCACAUAUUCUUGUAUGGGCACCGAAAUUAUAUAUUUCCGAAAUGAAAUUUUCCUUUAUUUCCUGUGUCUUUUUUUGUUUUCAAAAAUUUACCAACUUCUUGGAAAUUUGGCAGAACUUGUUUGUUCAUCGUAUGAGUAACUUCAUAGGCAUGCUGUACCUGUAUGUCCGGUGUAGCCUAGCCUUUAACUACGUACCUGGAGGAUUUUUUUUUCAUAAAAUGUGAUCAUACUACUCGAUACUUUUUUUUUUUUUUUUAUACCACGACGGUGGCAAACAAGCAUACGGCCCGCCUGAUGGUAAGCAGUCACCGUAGCCUAUGGACGCCUGCAACACCAGAGGCAUUACAUGCGCGUUGCCGACCCUUUAAAAACCUGUACACUCCUUUUUUGAAGAAUCCCAUACUGUAGCCCCUCGGGAAAAUACUCAUACUAGAAUGCAAAGAUGGAUAACGUGUUUUUCACCACAUCAGCUGGUAAAGGCUCUCUUUUGAUUGUUCAAAAACUGAUGAUAAAGUUGCAUUUUAUCCACAUGUGGGGCAAAGUAAUCAGAUGCAUAUUUUGAGUUGUUUCCUUAUGUUAGCUGGUAGAAUUGACUUUUAAAUGAUUUUGAAUAAGUAUUUAAUGACUUUUAUUUGGAUUUGAUUUUAUUUCAUUUUUCGGUUAAUAUUUUCUUCGGGUUGGUGUCGUGAACAGUUUUGUGUUUCACUCGGGGGCAAAAUUUGUUUAACUCUCGUGCUUUGAAACCCUCGCAACGCUCAAGAUUCAAUUUUACGAACCACUCGCUACGCGCGCGCUUGCGCGGGUAUCAAUAUAUUAGCACGAGCGGUUAAACAACAACGUUGCCCCCUUGUGAAACAAAUAAUUAUUACUCAGAUCGAAAUAUGUAAGUCUGUAAAUAUUAAUUGAAUAAAGAAUUAAAUGUUUUUUAUAACUUCA